AUGGCAGGAUCCCUUCUCUUGCCACUGCAGAUCCUACUGUGGUCUCUAGCCCUGAGAUCUGCUGCACAAGAAGCCCAGGGUGACAAGAGUGGGGAGAAGAUUAUUGAUGGAGUCCCAUGUACAAGAGGCUCCCAACCCUGGCAGGUGGCCCUGCUCCGGGGCAAUCAGCUUCACUGUGGAGGUGUGUUGCUCAAUGAGCAGUGGGUGCUCACCGCUGCCCACUGCAAGAUGAGUGAGUACCAGGUGCACAUGGGCAGUGAGCAGCUGGGUGAUAAGAGAGCCCAGAAGAUCCGGGCCACACAGUCAUUCCGCCACCCUGGCUACUCCACUCAGACCCAUGUUAAUGACCUCAUGCUUGUGAAGCUGGAUCACCAAGCCAGGCUGUCGUCGAGUGUGAGGAAAGUCAAGCUGUCCUCCCGCUGUGAACCCCCUGGGACCACAUGCACCGUUUCUGGUUGGGGCACCACCACCAGCCCGGAUGUGACCUUUCCAUCGACGCUAAUGUGCACAGAUGUCAGACUCAUCUCCUCCCAGGAUUGCAAGAAGGUUUACAAGGACCUGCUGGGAAAGUCCAUGCUGUGUGCUGGCAUCCCCAACUCCAAGACCAAUGCCUGCAACGGUGACUCAGGGGGACCACUGAUGUGCAAAGGUACCCUGCAAGGCCUGGUGUCCUGGGGAACUUUCCCUUGUGGCCAACCCAAUGACCCAGGUGUCUAUACCCAAGUCUGCAAGUACUUCAAGUGGAUAAAUGAGACCAUGAGAAGGCAUGGCUAAUCUCUGCAUACCUCCCAUCUCUUCAUCUAUACUCCUGGAACAAGAAAUUUACAGAAAUAAGGAUGUGAUGAACUGUGGUCAUUAUUUGACCUUACCUUUCCUCAAAGACAUAUUACAACCUCAACCAUAUGCCAUGUGUGUAAACCAAUCAAAUUAACAAAGGCCUAACACACAAAAACCUCAGUAUUGGUAAAGACCAGCACUCUUAACCAGCGGAACUGUAAAUCAUGCAAUUUUUAUGC